AUGACCAACUCAGAGGAUGCAGGUUUGCAUCAGUCUCGAUGGCGCAAGUUCCUCCAGUACAUUGAGGUACCCACCGAUCCUGGAGUGCCCAACACACCAUGGGUCAACCGAGACCUCAUCCCCAUGCCCAAAGAGCGCCGCACGUAUAAGAUAUGGUCCUACUUCAUCUACUGGUGCAUCUCUGGUUUCUGCACUGCAGGGUAUACCACGGGCAGCACAUUACUCGCGUACGGCCUAGAUGCGCGGCAGGCUAUCGUGUCCCUCGUCAUCGGAGGUCUGCUUCUUGGAGUGCUUUGUGUCGCCUGCGGGUGGAUGGGAGAGAGACACCACAUAGGCUUUACUGUAGCGUGCAGGUUCAGCUGGGGCGUGCGAGGCGCCUAUUUUCCUGUUAUCUUUCGUGCUUUUGUGAUCAUCUUCUGGGACGGCCUCCAGGCCUACUGGGGUGGACAAGCUGUUGCGGUAACGAUCGGCGCUAUAAUUCCUGGAUUUGCCCACAUGAAACAGACGUUAGCGGGAGGAACCUUGUUUACCAAGGACUUCAUAGGCAUGAUCAUUUACUACGUGAUCUUCAUCGCAAUCAUGCGCAUCCCCCCUGAGCGGCUCCAGAGGCCAUUCAUCGUCUCGUCUGUCAUGUUUUGCGGCACCCUGAUCGGACUUCUUGCUUGGGCGGUCUCGAACACGCAUUCUGGUGGUCCAUUGUUUCGGGAGCAAGCCAGUCCCGUUCACGGUGGAACAGGAUGGGCCAUGUUAUUCGGUAUCACCGCGAUUCUCGGCGCAUGGUGCGAGACUGUCCUUUCACCGCUUGCACGCGCAUCUAAUAUAUGCAAUGGCUAUGAUAAAAAGGAGUGGUGCGACCAUGCGCCCACGCUAUCUCAGCUCAUCGCCGCGCCAUUUUGCAUCAUUGUGUGUGCCACGAUCGGCAUUAUUGUCACGUCAUGCGCCCAAGAAAUUGUAGGGAGCCUGAUUUGGGAGCCUUUCCUGCUUCUCGCAACUCUGCAAGAUUACUAUAAUGACUCCCCAAGAGUUCGUGUUGCGAUUUUCUUUGCCGGACUCGGCUGUGCAUGUGCCCAGGUCGGCAUUAACAUCGUUUUCAACUCUGUGAGCGCCGGAAUGGAUCUUUCCGGUGUCGUACCACGCUAUAUCAACAUCAGGAGGGGCGCUUACCUGCUUACCUUUCUGGGGUUGGCUUCGAACCCUUGGCAAUACCUGUCUAAGGCUUCAACUUUCCUGACCGUGAUAUCUGGCUUCGGAAUAUUCUUUGCUCCCUUUUCUGGGAUUCUUCUCGCCGACUACUUCGUAGUAAGGAGAUGCGUGAUCAAGCUCGAGGACUGCUACAUCGGCGACAAACGCUCCAUCUACUGGUACCGCAAUGGCGUCCACUGGCGUGCCCCACUCGCCUGGGUGCUUGGGGUCUUCCCAACCGUGCCUGGGCUAAUCAUGACAACCCUUGACGCGACUGCGUGGAAUGUGUGGGUGCGCAUUUUCCAUAUUGCGUUCUUCGUCGGUCUUUUGAUAUCAUUCGUCACGUUCUCGGUGAUUUGUUGGGUCUCACCCCCGGGAAAUGUGGGUGUUGGAGUGUCGUAUCAUGAAGAAAGUAGUUUUGAAGAGGAAGGCGACCCGGAGACCGAGGAGAAGAAGGAACUAGUUUAG